AUGGGCUGUUUUUCGUGUUUCGAUUCGAAAGAGGACGAGAAGCUGAAUCCUCAUCCUGAACAAGAAACACACAAUCACGAUCAUCACAAUCACAAUCACAAUCUCCCCUCUGCCGCCUCUGGAGGAGCAGAGAAGCUUCGGUCAACUAGUAAUGGAGGAGCAUCCAAAAGGGAAUUUCCUGCUCUUCUCAAAGACGGUCCACCAGGUCAAAUUGCUGCUCAAACCUUUACUUUCCGUGAACUUGCCCUUGCAACUAAAAACUUCAGGCCUCAGUCCUUUUUAGGGGAAGGUGGUUUCGGAAGGGUUUACAAGGGACGCCUCGAAUCCACUUCUCAGGCUGUCGCUGUUAAACAGUUGGACAAAGACGGUCUCCAGGGUAAUCGCGAGUUCCUUGUCGAGGUUCUCAUGCUCAGUCUUCUACACCAUCCUAAUCUUGUCAGUCUCAUUGGAUACUGCGCCGAUGGGGAUCAACGACUCCUUGUUUAUGAGUUUAUGCCCCUCGGAUCAUUGGAAGACCACCUCCACGAUCUCCCCCCUGAUAAGGAGCCAUUAGAUUGGAACACUAGAAUGAAAAUAGCUGCCGGUGCCGCAAAAGGAUUGGAAUACCUGCAUGACAAGGCAAAUCCUCCAGUAAUUUAUAGGGACUUCAAGUCAUCUAAUAUAUUACUUGAGGACGGUUAUCAUCCAAAGCUUUCUGACUUUGGUCUGGCAAAGCUUGGUCCUGUUGGGGACAAAUCACAUGUUUCCACUCGUGUAAUGGGUACUUAUGGUUACUGUGCUCCUGAGUAUGCUAUGACUGGACAGCUGACUGUAAAAUCUGAUGUAUAUAGUUUUGGGGUAGUCUUCUUGGAGCUGAUUACUGGCCGUAAAGCCAUAGACAGCACCCGGCCCCAUGGAGAACAAAACCUUGUCACAUGGGCACGGCCUUUAUUCAACGACCGUAGGAAGUUUCCAAAGCUGGCAGAUCCACGGUUGCAGGGGCGGUAUCCCAUGCGGGGUCUUUAUCAAGCUCUAGCUGUAGCAUCAAUGUGCAUUCAAGAACAGGCAGCUGCGCGUCCUCUGAUUGGGGAUGUGGUGACGGCCCUUUCUUAUCUAGCCAAUCAGGCAUAUGAUACUAACAAUCCUGGAAUUGGUAAUAAUAAGGGAACUGGAAAUAGAGAUGAUAAAGGUGGAAGAAUAUUAAAAAAUGAUGAAGGUGAAGGAUCCGGGCGUAGAUGGGAUUUGGAGGGAUCUGAGAAAGAUGACUCCCCACGUGAAACUGCUAAGAUGUUAAACCGGGAUCUUGAUAGAGAACGUGCUGUUGCUGAAGCCAAGAUGUGGGGAGAGAACUUGAGAGAUAAAAGACGACAGAGUGUGCAAGGCAGUUUUGAUGCUUCUAAUGCCUAG